AUGAUCAUCAAGAAAAACUUGAAAUCUGUAAUGCCUAGUUUGAAGCGUUGCCGAGUCGGCGACUCGGGAGGUGAGGACGAUGAGUCAUCAUCGGGGAAUAGGAAGAAACGGAAAUCUGCCAACGGGUAUUACCCUUUACACCUUCUUGGAGAGGCCGCCGCCGGCAUAAUUCCGUUCAAAAGCUAUGGAAUUCAGCGAAUCGUCUCUUCCUCCGCCGCCACCGCGGAGGAAGCGUCAUUAUAUACGGAGACUUCUUGUUGCCCCAGCAGCCGGGAGCCGAAACAGAAAGAGCCUGCACGGCCGCCACUGGUGAGAACUUCCCGGGGACGGGUUCAGGCGCUUCCGUCUCGAUUCAAUGAUUCAAUCCUUGAUGAUUGGAAGAAAGAAAAGAGUAAAAGUACAAUAAAAGACUCGACUUCCGGCCGGGAAUUGACGCCAAUUAAAGAAGAGGAUAAAUUCAACUUCAAAACCCCAAGAAUCUCGGGUGGUGCUGCAACUAAUAAGAAGCGAAAUGAGGACAAGAUUCGGUACCAAUGUCGGAGAUUCUCUCCAUUGUCAGAGAAUGAGAUAGAGGAAUUGAGGUCUGAUGGGUUGAAAAGUCUCGACUUUAGGACGAAUUCUAGUUCGCUGAGUUCGGUGACAACAUUAUACGAUCAGUUUGUGGAUGAUGAUGAGUUGGAGGAGGGUUUAGAUUUAAGUGGCAUUGAUAAAUUAUACCGACCCGAGGAUUUUGCCGAUGGUGAUAUAGUUUGGGCAAUAACUGGGAAGCAAUGCCCUGCUUGGCCUGCCAUUGUGCUUAAUCAGAAGCAAGUUCCCCAGCAAGUUUUAAAUUUUCGGGUUGCUGGUGCAGUUUGUGUAAUGUUUUUCGGUUACUCAGGGAACGGAACACAAAGGGAUUAUGCUUGGAUUAAGUGUGGCAAGAUAUUUCCAUUUAUAGACUAUGUAGACAGGUUUCAGGGGCAGACGGAAUUGAAUGAUAGCAAGCCUAGUGAUCUCCGCUCUGCUAUAGAGGAGGCAUUUUUGGCUGAAAGUGGCUUCAGUGAGAUGUUGAUGGUCGAAAUUAAUGCAGCAGCGGGCAACUUGGAUUACUUCCAUUCUUUUACAAGAGGAGUUGUUGAGGUUUCUGAUUCCAAUCAGGAUCAAAGUUGCAACUCUCCAAAACAGGAAACAUUUAGAAAGACAGGAACACAAUCAUGUGAAGCCUGUGGCUUGAGCAUGCCUCCUAAUGUGUCUAGGAUUCUGAAUGAUCGACCUGCAGGAACCAAUCGUUUGUGUACUUCUUGUGCAAGGUUGAAAAAAAUGAAACAUUAUUGUGGCAUAUGCAAAGAGAUUAAGAACCAAUUGGAUAGCAGGACUUGGGUGCGCUGUAAUGGAUGUAAAGUUUGGGUCCAUGCAGAGUGUGACAAAUUCUCAACAAACGAUUUGGAGGAUCUGGGAACCAUUGAUUAUUAUUGCCCUGAAUGCAAAGCAAGGUUCAAUUUUGAAUUAUCUGAUUCAGAUAACAAACAGACUAAAGCUAAAGAGAACAAAAAGAACGGUAACUUUGUACUGCCUAACAAGGUUGCUGUUGUGUGCUCUGGCAUUGAUGGAAUUUAUUUUCCAAGUCUUCAUCUAGUUGUUUGCAAGUGUGGGUAUUGUGGAACAGAAAAACAGCCACUCAGUGAAUGGGGACGACAUACGGGGUCCAAAUCCAAAAACUGGAAGGCUAGUGUCAGGGUAAAAGGUUCCUUGAUACCUCUUGAACAAUGGAUGCUGGAGAUGGCUGAAUAUCAUUCUCGUAGUGGUGUUCCUACCAAAGCCCUUAAGCGUCCAUCUAUCAAAGUACGGAAGCAGAAGUUGCUUACUUUCCUACAAGAAAAAUAUGAACCUGUCUGUACCAAGUGGACAACAGAAAGGUGUGCAGUGUGUCGAUGGGUUGAAGAUUGGGACUACAACAAGAUUAUUAUAUGCAAUAGAUGUCAAAUAGCCGUGCAUCAAGAAUGCUAUGGAGCAAGACAUGUUCGUGAUUUUACUUCAUGGGUCUGUAGAGCCUGUGAGACACCUAAUAUUGAGCGGGAGUGCUGCCUCUGUCCUGUGAAAGGGGGUGCGCUGAAGCCUACAAAUGUUAAGCCACUAUGGGUUCAUGUUACUUGUGCCUGGUUUCAACCUGAAGUUUCUUUUGCAAGUGAUGAAAAGAUGGAACCUGCCCUCGGAAUCUUGAGAAUUCCUUCAAGCUCUUUUGUGAAGAUUUGUGUAGUUUGCAAGCAAAUUCAUGGUUCCUGCACACAGUGUUGCAAGUGUUCCACCUAUUACCAUGCAAUGUGUGCAUCGAGGGCAGGUUAUCGUAUGGAGUUGCAUUGCCUGGAAAAGAAUGGUAAACAAAUCACGAAAAUGGUUUCAUACUGUGCCUAUCACAGGGCUCCAAAUCCAGAUACAGUUCUAAUCAUAGAGACUCCCAAAGGAACUUUCUCGACUAAAAGCCUUCAUCAAAACCAAAGGCACACCGGUGCAAGGCUUAUUUCAUCAAGCUGGUUGAAACACCAGGAAGCUCCAAUAGUUGAGUUUGAUGAGGUCGAUCCAUUCUCAUCUUCAAGGUGUCGGGUCUUCAAAACAUCAAACAGGCUGACAAGAGAGGAGGCCAUUGCCCACCAAAUUAUGGGACCUCGUCAUCAUUCUAUAAGUGCAAUACAAACCUUGAAUGCAAACAGAAAAAUAGAGGAGCCUAAGACCUUCUCUACCUUCAAAGAACGACUGAACCAUUUACAGAGAACAGAAAAGGAUCGGGUGUGCUUUGGUAGAUCUGAAAUACAUGGAUGGGGCCUUUUUGCACGUAGAAACAUCCUAGAAGGAGAAAUGGUUGUGGAAUAUCGUGGGGAACAGGUUAGGCGCAGUGUUGCAGAUCUUAGAGAAGCUCGCUAUCGAAGAGAGGGCAAAGACUGCUAUCUAUUCAAAAUCAGUGAAGAAGUUGUGGUGGAUGCCACAGAUGCAGGAAAUAUUGCACGAUUGAUCAACCAUUCAUGCAUGCCCAACUGCUAUGCAAGGAUCAUGAGUGUAGGUGACGAUGAAAGCCGGAUUGUUCUUAUUGCCAAGACAAACGUGUCUGCUGGCGAUGAAUUAACGUAUGAUUAUUUGUUUGAUCCGGACGAGGCAGAAGAAUUCAAAGUCCCUUGUCUGUGUAAAGCUCAAAACUGCAGAAAAUUCAUGAAUUAG